AUGUACAAACGAGACCACAGCCAUCUCAAUUCUGUAAAUAAUGGGAAUGUAGAGUAUGAUUUACAUGAUUUCAUUUGUGGUAGUGAGGAUGUACCAACAAACAAGAAACAAAAGUUGGUUCCGAGGAGAAAAGACGAUGAAAUUGUAACAUUGAUUGUUCUUGAUUUUUCUUUUCAUCAUCGUGAUGAUGAAAAUUGUGAGCCCAUUCGAGGAUUGGAACUAUUAUUGAAAAAGAAAUUUUUGUUACAACAAACUGGAAAGAAGAAAUGGUUGGAAAGUCGAGAAUUGGAAUAUAAAGACUUCUUUCCUGUUGAGUUUAUGAACGAUAAGAAAUUUGUCUUGGAUCACAUUAAAAAGUAUGGCUACGGAUUAGGAUAUGCAUCCACUCAACUAAAAGAAGACAAAAAUUUUAUUUUGGAAGUGGUUCAACAAAAAGGAACUCAAUUCCUGUAUGCAAGCAACGCUAAUAGGAAUGAUGAAGAGGUGAUAUUGCGAGCGAUAGACCAAGAUGCAGGGGUAUUGGACUAUGUGGAAGAUGAACUGAAAACUAACAAGGAAUUCGUGUUGAAAGUCGUUCGACAGAAUGGAGAGGCGCUGUGGUACGUCGAUAGAAAAUUACGUCAAGACAGAGGUGUUGUUUCAGCUGCUGUGAAGCAAAAUAGUGAAGCAUGGUUAUAUGUAGUGGGAGACGAUUUUGACUAUUUUGACAACUUUGACAAUUUUGAAGAUAUCGUGAUCGAAACAAUCAAACAAAAUAAGAAUGCACUGUCACAGGCUCCAAAGAACCUACUCAAAGAUCAUGCAUUCAUGUUAAAAGCGCUAAAACUAAUUUUUCCAGAACUAGAGCAUUUGGAAGCUUUUGAUUAUUCCAAGAAAGAAAUAAUGCUCAAACUUGUUCAAGAAUUUGCAUUCUUCUUGGAAUUUGCAAACAAUGAACUUAAAAAUGACAAAGACAUUAUUUUGAACGCUGUCAGCAAUGACGGGUUUUCACUUCGUUUUGCUUCUGACGAUAUGAGGAACGAUAUUGAAAUUGCAUUUCGUGCUGUUAACCAAAAUGGCAAUGCAUUGGAAUUUGUCUCAAAACAGUUACAAAAUGAUAAGGAAGUAGUACUAGCAGCUGUAAGAAAUGAUAGAAAUGCUCUUAAAUUUGCAUCCAAAGAAUUGAAAAAAGACAGAGAAGUGGUAUUGGCCGCUUUAAGUCAUGAUCGUACAGGCCCUUUAAAUGGAGCAAUUAGUAAUAUAUUAGAAGAGUUGAAAAAUGAUAAGGAGAUCGUAUUAGCAGUUGUGCGACAACAUGGAUAUAAUUUGGUAAUGGCAUCCCAAGAGUUGAAAAAUGAUAAGGAGAUUGUAUUAACAGCCGUAAGAAAUGAUGGAAGGGCCCUUAGAUUUGCAUCCAAAGAUUUGAAAAACGACAGAGAAGUGGUAUUGGCAGCCGUUCGACAAAACGGUUGUGCUCUUCAGUUUGUAAAUCAUGUGAUGAGAGCUGAUCAACAAGUUGUGUUAGAAGCCAUCAAACAAGACAGUCGUGCUUUAAAAUACGCAUUCCAGGAACUUGUUCUUGACAAACAGUUCUUGUUACAAGCUUUACAGCUUGGCUGCAAGGACAUUCUACAAUAUGCACCUCAAGGAUUUGUGAAUGACAAGGAAUUUAUGUUAAAAGCAGUGAAACUAAAUAGUUUGGGAGUACUUGGAUACAACAAUACAUGUUCUGACAAGGAAAUCAUGUUAGAAGCAGUGAGAAAUAAUGGAUGUGUCUUGGAAUUUGCCGACAGUGAAGAAUUGCAAAAUGAUCCAGAGCUUGUGUUGGAAGCUCUUAAAUGUAAUGGUUUUGUUAUGGAGUACCGUGAAGGAUUGUAUCGAGAAAGAAUGGAACAUUGUUACUUUGGCGCAUAUUUGGGAACCAGUCAAUACUGA